AUGACCCCUCCCCCAGCCUACGAAUACACAUUCUUCCGCAUCCGCAAAGAUAGUACCCUAGCAGAAUCCGCCCUGAAGUACAAACAACUCCGACUGCGCGCCCUGUCCGUCGCCCCGGCCUCCUUGGUGGCCAACGGGCAUGCGGAGCUGUUGCCGGAGGAUCUACCUGUAGUAUAA